AAGGAAUCAGAUGUGUGUUUGUCCUUUUCAUCGCAGCCACACAGACGCCGGAGUGCUAUCCACACUUCGAGAAGGCUGUCGUGACUUCUGGGAACCUGAGGAACCACAGGGGUGAUUUAGAAGUUUAUCCUAGCAGUUGACCCACCCGGUAGCACACUGUGGCCCUUAGUGCUCUACGGUGUCAAGGCCCCUUCUGUGAGGAUUCCUUGCAUUUUCCCACCCUGUGGUGCCCUGCCUCCGUGAAAAGUGCAGGCCACACCCUCCUGCAUAAUGACUGUGGCCACGGGCGACCCCUCAGAUGAGGCGGCAGCACACCCUGGUCUACCUCAGGACUAUGACCCCGGAACGGAGCAGGAGUGCUGUGAGCGAGUGGUCAUCAACAUCUCGGGUCUGCGGUUCGAGACGCAGCUCAAGACCCUCUCGCAGUUCCCCGAAACAUUGCUCGGGGACCCCAAGAAGCGCAUGAGGUACUUUGACCCGCUAAGGAAUGAGUAUUUUUUUGACAGAAACCGCCCCAGCUUUGACGCCAUCCUCUAUUACUAUCAAUCGGGUGGAAGGUUGCGGCGUCCCGUCAAUGUCACUUUGGACAUUUUUUCAGAGGAGAUCCGCUUUUACGAGCUCGGUGAGGAAGCAAUUGAGAUGUUUCGGGAGGACGAGGGUUUUAUCAAGGAGGAGGAGAGGCCGUUGCCUGACAAUGAGUUUCAGAAGCAGGUCUGGUUGUUGUUCGAGUAUCCAGAAAGUUCUGGGCCAGCCAGGAUUAUAGCGAUCAUAUCCGUCAUGGUCAUCCUCAUCUCCAUCGUCAGCUUCUGCCUGGAAACCUUGCCCAUCUUCCGCAGCGAUGAGGAGGAGAUGCACAAAGACCCACUUUCCGUCACUAACUCAACAACCACUUACACAUCCACCUACUUCACAGACCCUUUCUUCAUUCUAGAGACGCUAUGCAUCAUCUGGUUCUCGUUCGAGUUCUUGGUGCGCUUCUUUGCCUGUCCUAGUAAAGCCAGUUUCUUUGUGAACAUAAUGAACAUGAUUGAUGUGGUGGCCAUCAUUCCAUACUUCAUCACGCUGGGAACGGAGCUGGCGGAGAAAGCAGAGGAUGGGCAGCAAGGGCAACAAGCCAUGUCUCUCGCAAUUCUGAGGGUCAUCAGACUUGUACGAGUCUUCAGGAUCUUCAAACUCUCUCGUCACUCAAAGGGACUUCAGAUUCUUGGCCAGACCCUCAAAGCCAGCAUGAGAGAGUUAGGUCUACUCAUCUUCUUCCUUUUCAUCGGAGUUAUCCUCUUUUCCAGCGCAGUCUACUUCGCAGAAGCUGAUGAACCCGAGUCACAGUUCUACAGCAUCCCGGAUGCCUUCUGGUGGGCUGUGGUUUCAAUGACGACCGUUGGCUAUGGAGAUAUGGUGCCUACAACCAUUGGAGGAAAGAUUGUCGGAUCCCUCUGUGCCAUCGCUGGCGUCUUGACCAUCGCCCUUCCCGUGCCUGUCAUCGUCUCCAACUUCAACUACUUCUACCAUCGAGAAACAGAAGGUGAGGAGCAGGCGCAGUAUCUCCAAGUUAAUGUCCCUAAAGCCGAUUCACAAGAAGAGCUGAAGGGAAGUCGAAGUGGAUCCACCAUCAGCAAGUCGGACUACAUGGAAAUCCAAGAAGGGGUCAACAACAGCAACGAGGACUUCCAGGAAGAGAACCUCAAGACAGCCAAUUGCACUUUAGCUAAUACAAAUUAUGUUAAUAUCAAAAAAAUGCUGACAGAUGUCUAGUAAUUCAAGGAGCAGGUACGGAUUGAAUUAUUAAAGGACUAGUAAGCCAUGUUCGAAGGAGGACUGUAAGGUUGAACGCCUCAGUUAUUGUCAUGAGAUUUCCAAUCUCCAGUUCCUCAUUAAAAGUCCAAGCCUACAUCCAGGUCCGUCCACAAUCAAAAUAAUCAUCAAAUCAAUCAUCAGUGUUUGCAUGGAGUCGUCUAUAUCAUCCAACACCUUAUCUGGAUCAGGAGCCAAGUAUUUAUUCGAAACUGUGGAACACAAAUAAAAAGCACAUGAGUGUCAGUAUAUUUCCAUCAACAUCUUACUCUCAAAGCCAAGCUUCGCCAAAGAAACGUCAUUUGUGUGCUUCAUCUGCUGUUAAAAAGGUUUGCGGUCACAUGCAGUACAUGUAUACGAUGCAAAGAAUAUUCACAGAAGCUUCGUCCUCCCUCCUGCUGCUUGUUAAAGAACACCAAUAUUCACGUCGAUUCAAGACUGUUGUCUGUCAUUUUAGCGAUAUUGUAGUGAUCAGGCUGGGAAUGUCAUUGAAAACUGCCUGCUUUUGUGUCGAUAUCUGUGUGGGGACCCAAAAUACGUAUGGACAACACUUGUAUCUAUUCCUUCACGAUUAUCCUGCUGCAAAGCUUUUGAAGACGAGAUGAAUGUCUCUACAUCUCAUAUUUUAUGUUAUUUAUAGUCUACGGUGUCUGUGUCCAUUGUCAUUCAAUGGCUUUUCUUUUAUCAUUUCAUAUCAGGUUUUUUUUUUUUUUUUUACAGCUCUUCAGGAUAAGGAACAUAAAAAACACGUUAAAUGAAAAAUAAGCAAAAUAACACCCUAGUGCCACAGAAAAAAAAAUGCUUGAUGUAUUUUGUGUAAGAGCAUACUGUUCAGUGUAUAUUCCCAUUGUUUCUGCUGCAAGCUGCAGAGAUAGUUCAAAAUGUAGUUGAUAUUCAAAUUACUUUGUCACUUAAUGAGCCAUAUUGUAGUUCACACUUAAAUGUCCCCUAGCAAAUUUGUAGCAAUGAUGUCAGAUUGUUUUUAAUCACUGGCUUGUCUAUCAUCCUGAAAUCAUUUUCAGAUGUUAGAAAAACCUUGAUAGAGCUUGUUAGACGUUUUGUCUUUUUUACUGCCUUUGAUCGAGAAAAACACCGGUAUUAUAGUGCAUGGCCUCAAAACCAAUCCUAAUGGCAUGGAUUUUAAGCUCAAGAGAAAGUGAUAUAAAGAAACUAGUUAGCUAGAAUAUUACAAAAAUAUGUAUCUUGCUCUGUAUAUAUAUACAUAUAUACAUCUAUUUUUAUCUGCAAAGUUUUAUUGUGACCCAAAGGUGCUGUUUUCAGUUUUUGUUUUGCGAUUGAAAGAAUGAAAAGACACUCUGCAAUGCAUUUGGAUGGACAGUGCAGCAUUAGGGCAUUGAUUGCUGGGACUCUGAUUGUCUUAGCUUCAGGUGACCUUGAAAUCUAGACUUACAGGCUUACAUGCAUCUCCUUUGAUGAAAAGACUGUAUAAUGCCAAGCAACAAUGAAUCAACAGAAAGAAGCUAUGGAAGUCAAUAUUGGCUUCUUUUGAUAGACUUUCUACAAAUGCUUAGGCUCCAACCACAGUUGUUGCAUCCUUUCCUUAAAAGCAUAGCAGAAAAUCUCAUUGUUUUCAUUCUAUUGAGUUUUUAGAUGAAAAAUCCUGAGACUGUCUAUGGAUGGAUUGAUGAUUAUUUGAUGUGACUGUGUACCAAUAGAAGGUUUCUCACCCACAUCUAUUCCAGUAUCUCACCUGGCCUGCAGGUGCCUUUGUCUUUGCCUCUCUAAUAUUUUUAAGCAAACUUUAUGUGCUGAUGCUGCUAAUUUAGAAGCAGAUACUGCUUUCACAGCUGCUGCUAAUUAUGUUUUCUUUUUUUAAAUUCAGAAUAUAGACAUCACUGUAACACGCACAAUUCGGGUAGGUUUAACAAAGUGUAAAAGCCUGAAUGUUAAACCAAUCUAUCCAAACUGACGCCCCACAGUGCAUAGCCAGUGCCUAAGAAAUGUACUAAACUUAUGUUUGGAUGCUUUAAAGCUGAAGUGUCUUUUUUGAUGUAAAAAAAAAAAAGAAAAAAAAAGUUCUGCCAGUAAUCCUUUUGUGGGUUAAUUUCCCCCCAAAAUAUAAAAACAAAUCAUUGUUCUGAUGUGUAAGCCGCAAAACACAGCAACAUUGGCUCAACCGAUGGUGUGAUUUCAGGGCAAAAUAGUGGCAGACGGGGAGUGUUUGGAAGAUAAUAAUGAAAACUAUACAUUUUUGUAAUUCCACUAGUGGAACAGAAAUGACACACAUCACCUCUAAAGCAGGCAAACAGCAGGUUUUCUAUGCAUGACAUUAGACAGUAUGCUGUUGGUGAAUCACAUGUAUCAUCCUAAUCCACAUAAAACUAAAUCCGACAUAAACAUUGUCACUGUAACUUUAUAUUUAAUGUGUGACCAUAACAUAUGUUAUGCUUUUGGUGCUAGACCUGGCAGUGUUAAAUGUCAGGGCUAUAACAGUACCUCUUUGAAGCCUUCUUUUUUUCCUCGUUGGACAGGCACGUCUGUGAAACAUUGAAAAACACAGUCAUUGCUUUGCUUGCAGCUGCACCAGUUUCUCGUAUCACGUUUGGAUUGUGCGUUGAUUUGAAAUGCUAAAUGACAGCACUGAAUGUCACAACAUCAUAUUUGUUAGCAUCUUAUAACCAGUCCACUGCCAUGGUUUAGAAGGAUGUGCAUCAACUUAUGCAAUCAAUUUUUAUUUAUUUUUUUGUCUUCACAAAAAAGUUUUUGUUUAAAAAAAAUGACUGGGAGAGAAAAGGCUUAAAGGCCAAAUUCAAUCAAAACCAUAUAACCAUUAAAUCUCCUUCCAGUAGAGCUAUAUUUCAAUUAUUAAUUCAAUUUAUCACAGAUUUAGAGCAGUAAUAUUUUUUAAAUUAAAUUCAAUUCAAUUUUACAUUAAACUACUACUUUUUCUCCGAUUCAAUGAGGAAAAAAUGAAGGCAAACACUUGAUUUUUUCUUUGACAAAUCAUAAACCAUUAAUCCAGGAACAUUAUUAAGUAAAUAUUUAGAUUUCAUGUUGAAUUAAAGGAUAAACUUACUGUUG